UUACUUUAACAAUCUAUUUGCAGGAACUGCCAACCUCUAGAAGUGAUUACACCUGACUAGCAUUUAAUCGGAUGAAGACACUUGUGAGGAUGGCAUGCCCAAGAAAUUUUAAAAGAUGCAGACCACCUGAUUGAAGAAGGUGGCUCUGUGAUUUAUCCCAUUUGAGUAAUACAUUGCUACUGUCCCUUAAGCAAGUCAUGAUUACAUUAACUGAACUCAGAUGUUUAGCAGAUGCCCAGUCUUCAUACCACGUCUUGAAACCAUGGUGGGAUGUCUUCUGCUAUUACCUCACCAUGAUCAUGCUGCUUGUAGCUGUCCUUGCUGGGGCUCUCCAGCUCACGCAAACUAGAUUACUCUGCUGUCUUCCUUGCAAGCUCGAGUUUGACAAUCAUUGCGCAGUGCCUUGGGAUCUGGUUAAAAGCAACAUUAAUGUAUCCUUCAGCUCUGCGGCUCCAAUAACGCGCCCUCUAAGAAUCCAGAAUUAUCUUCAUCGGCAGCAGUAUUCCUACAUUGAUGCCGUAUGUUACGAGAGAGAACUUCAUUGGUUUGCCAAAUUUUUCCCAUACUUAGUGCUUCUCCACACUUUCAUUUUUGCCGCUUGCAGCAAUUUUUGGCUUUACUAUCCCAGCACCAGUUCACGGCUAGAGCAUUUUGUAGCUAUUCUUCACAAGUGUUUUGAUUCUCCUUGGACAACCCGUGCCCUGUCAGAAACCGUUGCUGAACAGUCCGUGAGGACUCUGCCACUCUUAAUAUCGAAGCAAUUCAUCUCCUCCCCAAGCAAUUUAGCAGAAUUGGACAGCAAGCGGCAAUCUAUGUCCUAUUCACAAAGCGGACUGGAAACAGCUGGAAGAGAGAGCUCCUCUAAUGUUCUAGACAGAAAAGAAGGCGAACAAGCGAAAUCAAUUUUUGAAAAAGUGAAAAGAUUCAGAGUGCAUGUUGAACAGAAGGAUGUGAUUUAUCGAGUGUACCUGAAACAAAUUGUGGUCAAAGUCAUUGUGUUUAUAUUAAUAAUGAUUUAUCUCCCCUAUUAUUUAACUUUCAUUACGCUCGAAAUUGACUGUAUAGUUGAUAUUCAAGUCUUUACUGGCUAUAAGAGAUAUCAGUGUGUCUAUUCGUUAGCAGAAAUCUUUAAAGUCCUAGCAUCAUUUUACGCUAUCCUUGUGAUCUUAUAUGGUCUGACGUGCAGUUACAGCCUGUUGUGGAUGGUGAGAAGUUCACUGAAACAAUAUUCCUUUGAGAAGUUGAGGGAGCAAAGUAAUUACAGCGAUAUCCCUGAUGUGAAAAAUGACUUUGCAUUUAUCCUCCACCUAGCCGACCAGUAUGAUCCCCUUUAUUCCAAGCGGUUCUCCAUAUUCCUCUCUGAGGUGAGUGAAAAUAAGUUGAAGCAGAUCAGUCUAAACAAUGAAUGGUCUUUAGAAAAACUGAAAAGCAAACUGAUACGGAAUUCCCAAGACAAAAUGGAGCUUCAGCUUUUCAUGCUCAGUGGUCUUCCAGAUGAUGUCUUUGAACUGACAGAAAUCGAAGUUAUAACUCUAGAACUGAUUCCUGAGGUUAAGCUCCCUUCAUCUGUAAAUCAGCUCCCCAAUCUUAAGGAACUGAACAUUUAUUAUUCAUCAUUAACUGUUGAAUUCCCAGCACUGAACUUUCUCGAAGAGAAUCUUAAAAUCCUGCGUUUGAAAUCAGCUGACCUGGGAAAGAUUCCACGUUGGGUCUUCUAUCUACGAAACCUGCAGGAGUUGUACUUGACUAGAUGUUAUGUGCCAGAACCCCAGAAUGGCUACUAUAGUGAGGGCUUUCAGGAUCUUGUGAAUCUGAAAACGAUUUACUUAAGGAACAGCCUUUCCCGCAUUCCUCAGGUGAUUACAGACCAGCUGCCUUCUCUUCAGAAGUUAUCUAUUGACAACGAGGGAAGAAAACUGCUGGUGUUGACCAACCUAAAGAAACUGUUGAACCUGAGAACAUUGGAGUUGAUCAGCUGUGACUUGGAGCGCAUUCCACAUUCCAUCUUCAGCCUGAACCAUUUGCGGGAAAUAGAUUUGAAGGACAACAACCUCAGAACGGUAGAAGAAAUCAUUAGUUUUCAACACUUGGAGAACCUUUCUUGCCUCAAACUAUGGCACAACAACAUCUCAUACAUCCCAGUGCAAAUUGGAACCUUGGCAAACCUGGAGCAGCUCUUCUUAAAUCACAACAACAUUAAAAAAAUCCCACCUCAGCUCUUUCUUUGCAGAAAGCUAACUCAUUUGGAUCUUAGUUAUAACAAGCUCACUUCUGUUCCUGAUGAAAUCCAGUAUUUAACAAAUCUUCAGUACUUAGCUGUAACGAAGAAUCAUAUUGAAGUACUUCCGGAUGAAUUGUUUCAGUGCAAAAAGCUGCAACAUCUCCUCCUUGGGUAUAACAGCCUGACACAGUUGUCUCCUCAAGUCGGUGAACUUUCGAACCUUCUUCACUUGGAGCUAAAAGGAAACUACCUGGAAUCGCUUCCUGCUGAGCUGGAAGAGUGUACUGCUCUGAAACGGAGUUGCCUAAUUGUAGAAGAAUGCUUGUUAAACAUGCUUCCCCUUCGGGUGAUAGAGCCUGUUCAGAUAUGUUUGGACAAAGUCUGAGUGAACGAGAGAAUGAGUGGAGAAGCAAGUGGUCUUGGGUGCAUAGGCAGAAUCCUGUGGAGCGUUUUCAAUCCUAGCUGUAAAGGAAAGCAUAGAAAGAAAGAAGAGGAAAUGCAAGUUUGCAGCUACGUCUGGUUUGUUUCAGGUAUGCACCAGUCUGGUUGACUUAAAGUUCUCUUUGAUAAGAGCAUGUUUAAGUCUUAAACAAAACAAAAAAAUCCAGACAUGGCAAGAAUAUGCAUGCAUCCUAUGAAAAAUUAAUUUUAUUGAAUGACUACAACAUCAAUAGUAUUUUCAUUACAUUUGAGUGUCUGGGAUGGAACUCUGUCACUUUUCCUAAAGCAGCCGUUCUUAUAUACUUUUUUUUGCGCAGACCAACAAAUUUAGUUUUUCUUGUGUUUUUCCCAUGGGCACAUUGCUGGAGUGGAUUGGAGUAGAGAUUGCUGUUAAAGCUUGUCUUAUAAAAAGCACACCCUUUUUCUUACCCUAGGAAAUAAUUUUAGAGUUAGAGAUCUUCAUUUAUUUAUGGAAUAAUUCAACAGGAGGUAGUUUUGUCUCCACAAAAAGCUAAGGGAAAAAUCCACUGAAAAGCUAAUGAGCUUUGCCCAGAAUUAUCCCCACUAAAUGCCACCUGGACUAAUUUAUUUUAUGUUGCUUUAAAAUAGGGAUAAUUGAAUCCACUGUCUAUAUAUACUGGAGUAGAACUGGACCUGGUUUUAAGAUUUAAAUCAGUCUUUGAGAACUAUGCAAGGUUUUAAAUUCAACAUGAUAGGUGUCACCUAAAUUGUGUUAUGCUUAUUGUGUGUAUGUGUGUGCGCGUGUGCUUAGAAAUCUAGCUUCCUAAUUCUUGCCUCUAAUCUUGGGGCAAUAGUAGAACUUUAAUAGGGCAUUGUUUGCCAUAUCUGGCAGUUUUCAUAUUUCACAGUUUUCCAAUCCUACCCUAAUCUUCUUUCUUGGGAGAAAAUUAUUUCAAAAGUGUACAUCAACUUAUGUAAACCAUUAAUGGGAGAGUGAUAGUUGGAUGCUUUUGCAGAUUAUGUGGAGUAUGUUUAGGAAAAUCAAAAUAGAUAAUGGUAGGAAGUGAACUUGGAUAAUCCUAUACACUUGUCACAUAUUCAUUAAGUGAUGUACAUGUACAUUGAUGGCACUAUGUAAACAUAAUCAUAAUAAUGAUAAUACUACUAAUAAUAGGCAUACUUUAGAAAGUUGCCAUAAGAUCAUGUUAUACCAAUUUUAAUUGUCACUAAUACAGAGAAGAAAUGGCAUUCAGAUAUAGUCUUGGGUUUUCAGGAUCCUCCCUUCAAUGUAGGUCAGCAUGAAGGAUGCUACUGCUAAAAAAAGGGAGAGAAGUAAAGUGAGUUUUGACCAUACUUUCCUCCCUUGGAUCCCUGUACUUUUCCAGAUUAGCUAUAAAUAAUUGUGUGGCUCCCUGGAACAUUAUAGGAGGUAGAACAAAAGCUGUAUAGCAUUGGUUCUCAAUUUGUGGGUCCCCAGGUAUUUUGGCCUACAACUCUUAGAAAUCCCAGCCAGAUUACUAGCAUUUCUGGGAGAUGAAGGUCAAAAUAUCUGGGGACCCACAAGUUGAGAACCACUGCUGUAGAGGGAUUUAAAAAUGGCUGAAAUUCUACUCCUCACUCCUUUUCCAAUAAGAGUAUCUACUGGAUCAGUGACUUCCAUGGAUGAAACAGCUCUUCUGAUCAUACAGGGGAAAAAUAGUAUCCAUCCUAUGAGUUAUUGGGGAAGAAGAGUUAUUUUUGUAUCUGUUUCAGUGCUGCUCUGAGACAUCUCUUCUGAUAUGAAAGUGUAAAAACAUAAUAGCAUGAUUUAAAUGUUUACGUGAUGUAUUCAGGUGUUCUGACUAUUUUUAAUCACUGUUUUGUGAGAUCAGGUUGAGUAAGGUACUAGAAAGAUGUGUGAGAAAUUGAUACUGCUUUUUGUUGUUACGGUCCUUUUAUUUUCUUUUAAAAUGUCUUCAUGAUACCACAAAAGUUGUUUCUGAAAAAUAAAAUCUCGACAUGUUGAUGUUUGUCCAUCACAAAUAACCACAUUCCAAAGACCUAUAGCACUCAGGGAACAGAAAACAUUAUUGUUUUCAUAGAUUUAAUGCAGCACCAAUGAUCCCAUCUUUUUGUGAAAGGUACAAUUUAUUAUUAUGUUGGGGCACUGUUCAGUCCGUGUGCUGAGCAAUAUUAAUGGGUUACCUUUAUGUUUGCAACAGCUCAAAUCAAGUAAGCUUUAUGAUACUAUAAUAAGUGUACAUUGUUAUUGUAUUUGCAUACCUUGGGAUAAAGUAACUAAAGCUGCUUUCUUUUGGGCAAAAAGCUGCAGACCUGGAAUGAUCAAAAGUGCACUGAUCUUGUGUCUGCAUAAGGGAAGAAUCAACUUGUAGGCCAACAUACUACACACUUUUACGCUUCAUAAAAUUAGUUGUAAUAUUCAAGUAAUAUUGAAUAUCAGUUUUUCCUUUCCUUUAUUGGUUUUUUUUUUU